CUGCGCAAGCGAAGUCAAGGGGGAGGACGGUGCUUCCGUACCGAGGUUCCUGAAGUGUGCACUGUGCGAACCAAGGAGCAGCUCACAACCGAGACCGGCCGCCGUUCCUGAGUCCCUUCUGGCCAUGGGCCCACGGAGCCGCGAAAGUCGGACGGGAGCAGUACAAAGCACCAACGACAGCAGCGCCCUCAGCAAGAGCUCCCUGGCAGCGCGCGGGUACGUACAGGACGCCUUCACUGCCUUCCUGGUCCCCGGGACCGCGCGGCGCGCGCCGCUCAUUCACCGAGGUUACUACGUUCGCGCACGCGCCGUGGGGCACUGCGUGCGCGCCUUCCUGGAGCGAACGUGCGCGCCCCCCGACGCGCCUCGCGCGCAGAUCUUGUCACUUGGCGCCGGCUCUGAUUCUCUAUACUUUCGCCUCAAAACUGCUGGGUACUUGGCCCGGGCUGCAGUCUGGGAGGUGGAUUACCCGGACGUGGCGCGGUGCAAAGCGAACAGGAUCAGCGAGACGCCCGAACUGUGCGCGUUGACAGGGUCUUUCCAGGUGGGGGACCCCGCGUCGGCGCUGUGCUUUGAGAGCUUGGACUACCGCAUCCUGGGGCUGGACCUGCGGCAGCUGGAGCGACUGGACCAGGCCCUGGCCACAGCUGGCCUCGACACGGCCUCACCUACUCUGCUCCUGGCUGAGGCGGUGCUGACCUACCUCGAGCCGGAUCGUGCUGCUGCCCUCAUCGCCUGGGCAUCUCAGCGUUUUCCUAAUGCUGUAUUCGUGAUCUACGAGCAGAUGAAGCCUCAAGACGCCUUUGGCCAGUUCAUGCUGCACCAUUUUCAGCAGUUGAACUCUCCCCUGCAUGGCCUGGACCACUUUCCUGACGUGGAGGCCCAGCGGCGCCGCUUCCUUCAAGCGGGCUGGACUGCGUGCAGUGCCAUGGACAUGAAUGAAUUCUAUCGCCGCUUUCUUCCCGCAGAAGAACGGCGGCGGAUGGAAAAUCUUGAACCCUUUGACGAGUUUGAGGAGUGGCAUCUAAAGUGCGCCCAUUAUUUCAUUCUGGCAGCGUCCACAGGAGACACUCUCUCCCAAACCUUGAUGUUUCCACCCUCGGAGCCUUUUCCUUGGGUAGAUCCUGUUUCCCCCUCAGGGGUCCUUCCUGCCAGUGUAGUCACUAGUGACACCCAGGGCUCAAACCUGAAGAGAUACGGCCACGCCUCUGUCCUCUUAUGUCCGGACAUUAUUCUCAGUGCAGGAGGGUUUGGAGAGCAGGAAGGACGGCACUGCCGAGUGAGCAAGCUUCACUUGCUCUCAAAACAUUGUGACUUUGAGUGGAAAGGCAGCCAAAUAUGCAGUCAUGGGACUGAAGUUCAGUGGGAUGGACGCCUUUAUCACACCAUGACAAGACUUUCAGAUACCCAAAUUCUGGUUUUGGGAGGGAGGUUAUCCCCAGUAAGUCCAGCCUUGGGGUUUCUCCAGCUUCAUUUUUGUAAGGGUGAGGAUAAUAGCCCUGAGAACCUGAAGGUGACAUUAACAAAGGCUGGCCCAAAAGAUUCCACUUUGUCAUGUUGGCGGCAUUCAGCAACAGAAGUGUCCUAUCAGAAUCAGAAAUAUUUGUUUGUUUAUGGGGGUCGAAGUGUGUUGGAACCUGUACUAAGUGACUGGCAUUUCCUACAGGUAGAGACAAUGGCUUGGGUCAAGAUCCCAGUGGAGGGGGAAGCACCUGAAGCUCGGCAUUCCCACAGUGCCUGCUGUUGGCAAGGGGGAGUCCUCAUUGCUGGAGGUCUUGGGGCUUCUGAGGAGCCAUUGAACUCUGUACUCUUUUUGAGACCAAUCUCUUGUGGAUUCCUCUGGGAAUCGAUAGAUAUCCAGCCUCCCAUUACCCCACGGUACUCCCACACAGCUCAUGUGCUCAAUGGAAAACUUCUACUAGUUGGAGGGGUCUGGAUUCAUUCCUCCUCAGUUCCUGGAGUGACUGUUAUCAAUUUGACUACAGGAUUGAGCUCUGAGUAUCAGAUUGACACAACAUAUGUGCCAUGGCCAUUAAUGUUACACAAUCAUACCAGCAUCCUUCUUCCUGAAGAGCAACAGCUCCUGCUUCUUGGAGGUGGUGGGAACUGCUUUUCCUUCGGCACCUACUUCAACCCCCAUCCAGUAACAUUAGACCUUUCUUCUUUAAAGGUUUCCACAAAAUAACUUGACCCUAAUUAUAUAUUUUGCCACUCCUCUCCCCACUUUUUCCCAUUAGCACUAUUCAGUGUAGAAAGUGGAAAAGGUUAUUAAAAUACCUACCAACAAUCAGUUAAAAAUGAAACAUAGCUGAAGACAGUGACCAUAUAGUCCUGGAGGAGGAAACUUCACAUUCAUGUAUCCAGUUUAUUGGUCUUCAUCUAGUUUUCCAAUCUUAAGUUUAUCUACUUACUGAAUUAUAAUAGCUUUUACCCUAAAUCAAGUAAAAAAUGUCCCCACCCUGGGACUUUUGAUUUGAAAUGGUUCCUUGGAAAAAGUUUUGCACAGAUCCUUUGUUGAAUAUAGUUGAAGGUACAUGGUAUCAACCUAAUUCUUCAUGUAUGAAACCUGAAGUGAGCAAAGUUGCAAUUCGAUUAAAGCAUUGUGCUGUUCA